ACAAGUAGCAACCAAUCACCGUAAACUUAUGAUGUUAUUUGAAGUUUGCGCCGGCCCAUGGCCAAUUUUCAACAGACCUAAAAGUCACAGUAAUGCAACUAGUGACAUACAAAACUGCAGACACUUGAUUUACUGUGAGACGCUUUAAACUUUAAAAAAUGAACUUUUUAAGUCGAUAAAUUUCGAGAUUACCUUGUUCUAUUAGCCCUUGAGAAGUUCUGGACAAGAAAAGACUUUUAACGAAAGAUUAAAGCGAGCAGUUUUGAUGCUUGAGUUAUUGUCGCAUCCAUUAAAUAUGGAGCAGUCAUCUACUUUUGGUGAGGUAAACCAAUUAGGCGGAGUAUUUGUCAACGGUAGACCUCUCCCAAAUGCAAUAAGACUAAGAAUCGUGGAGCUUGCUCAACUUGGAGUCCGUCCGUGUGAUAUAAGUAGACAACUGCGUGUUUCUCAUGGAUGUGUCAGUAAAAUACUAGCUAGAUAUAACGAAACUGGUUCCAUACUUCCGGGAGCAAUAGGAGGGAGUAAACCAAGGGUGACAACUCCAAAUGUAGUAAAACAUAUCAAAAUCUAUAAAGAAAGAGACCCUGGAAUAUUUGCUUGGGAAAUACGAGACAAAUUAUUAGCAGAUGGAGUUUGUGACAAAUAUAACGUUCCAUCUGUAAGUUCCAUAAGUAGAAUAUUAAGGAAUAAAAUUGGAAAUCCUUCUGGUAGUCCCGGACAACCGCAGCAAUAUGAAAAUAAACCACCACAACCGGUGGCAUGCUCAGCUCCGGCUCCAAUAUACAAUCAAUUUUAUCCGUAUUCGUGUCCAGCACCCUCCAUGACACAAGUUCCACCGCCACAAAUGCAAAAUCAGCCACAUACGAUUGGACAUUUUGCAACAAAUAAACAACAACAAAAUGCCGCUAAUUGUGUAACGCCGUGUAUGAUGCGGGCUUGGGCCGCAUCUUCACAUUCCGUCAAUGACAUUUUAGCAUUCAGACCACCAGUUCCGCAACAAAUGCCACAAGUAAUGCCACCUGAUAAUCAAAUGAUGACAUCAUUAGGACAAAAUUAUAAUAUGAAUAUGAAUUAUUAUGGAAUGAAACCAACAACCAUGUCACCGAUGUAUUUACAAAGUUAACAAUUUAUGAGAUAUGAAAAAAGUGUAAGUUUGUUGAUUUUAGAUAGUAA